CAAUUCUCUUGUCUGUUGUGAAAUUGUGAAAAAAGCCAAAUUUGGUCAAAAUUCUUUUUUUAAGUUCUGAACAAUUGAUUCGAAAUCAUUAUAAAAAUGAAUAAGAUGGUACUUUGAUAGGAAGUAAAGUAAAAAAUCAGCUGCAGCAUGGCAGAUAAUAAUCCAAAAGAGUUUGCUGAAGAUUCCAACUCGGAAAUAACAAAGCAAGACUGUGCAAGUGAUCCCAAACCAGUUCCACGUCACGAUGCAGAAAGCCGAAAUACGCCAUUCGGCAGCUUCCUUGGGAAUUCAUUCCAGGCUUUUGUCCCUUCAUCUCCACCCUCUUUUGUAUCCAUGGAAGAGAUCCUGAAAGUUGCGGAAGAUGUUUCAAAAUCAGAAUUCAACAUGGCUUUGGCUCAUGAAAUAGCCGUCAAUAGUGACUUCAAACUGCAGCAAAAGCUCCCUGAGUCAAAUAUUCAAGCAAAAAUUACCGAAAUCUUUCACAAAGCUUUUUGGGACAUUCUGCAAGAACAGUUGUCUAGCACACCACCAGAUUGUUCCCAAGCCAUUGUUUUACUAGCAGAGAUUAAAGAGAUUUUGUUGUCCUUGCUUAUGCCGCACAGCACCCGUUUGAGGAAUGAGAUCAAUGAUGUGCUGGAUGUGGAUUUAGUGAAACAGCAGGCAGAAAAAGGGACAGUGGACAUUGGGAGUUACGCCCAGUUCAUCAUUUCGACGAUGGCUCGUUUGUGUGCCCCAGCAAGAGAUGAGAAUAUUCAAAAGCUCCGGCAGCUGAAUGAUGUCGUCCCUUUGUACAAAGGAAUAUUGGAAACUCUGGACUUGAUGAAGAUAGAUUUUAUGAAUUACACCCUAAUCAACAUACGACCUCAUAUACAGAGACAUUCUAUUGAAUAUGAAAAGAAUAAGUUUGAAGAAAUACUUAAAUCUCUUGAAGGAUUAUCUGUUCCUGUGGAUGGCCUUAAAUUUACCCGUAUUUGGUUGCAAAAUGUUUAUCAAGAAAUUUCAAAAGAAACAAAUGCUUCCGAGGUCCCAAAUUCUUUAAUUUUACGAAAAGCUUACAUUAAAAUUUUACAAUGGAAGGAUACUGAUAAUUUUCCUGAGACACUGCAUCUUGAUCAUGCUCGUUUCAUUGAAAUGAAAGAAAAUUUAACUGUGAUGAUACUGACUGCCAGUGUGAUUCUUGUUACCUAUUCUAAUGUUGGUCCUGCUAUCCAGGGAAUUACAGAUUUUAAAGAACUUCUCAAAAGCCAUGUCCAGAUACUUCUUGCGGAUAUAAAAAAAAUUAGUUCUGUAGGCCAGUUGGAAGAAAAAAUGGAAACAGUAGCCUUGCAAGUUCUGAAAGAUGUUAAUUUAUGCUUAGAUCAACAUGGAUACACAGCCCUGGAAGAAGAAAAAGAAAAAACACUGAUAUCACUAAUAAAACAAAUUUCUACAGAAGAUCAUAGUGUUCGACAAUUACUAUCAAAGCGCAUUUUAGAGUUUUUGGAGUUGACACUACAUUCUUCAACAAUGCUGAAAAUACCUCCUGGCCUUUCUUCAUUACAAAAAGAACUUUCAUCAUUUGCUGGGCAGUUUUUGUCUUUAGUUCGCCACAACACUGCUGUUUUUAUUGAAUAUUACGAUCGAAUUCUUAAUGAUGUAAAACACAUAAAAUUAUAGUAAUACAUUUUAAUUAAACUUUUUGGUGACAUGGCGAUAUGAAUUAUCAAUUUCAUAAAUGCUACACAUUCACGAAAAAGUAUUUUUGUAACAGACCUUUCUUUGGUUUUGUAUCCGGUUAAUUCAAUCUUGUAGCAUGAAGUUUUGCAGUCAAAAUAAUAAUACUAAACAAUUUUGUUACUGAAAAACAAGUUUGCAAUACAAAACAUCUUCUUUUGUGUACACUUGGUUAACGCUUUUAAAACCUUAACUAAUGAUUAAAAAUCAGAAACAAUAACUUUGUGAUGCAGCAAAUUAUUGUAGUGCAAAAAAUAUUUAUCAUACUUGUAAAAGAAUUUAUUUACAUAUUUAAUAAAUAACAUACAUUUAUACAAAA